UAUUUUCAUAUGUGUGUGUGGCUUGCUCGUUUGGUUGACAAUCGCGAUGUGUAUUCUACAUCGUCGCAUGCUGAGUUAUAUUUUCAACAAAAUCUUUUAAUUUUUGUAUUAGUUAGUCGAUUAAUUUCUAAAUGUUUUCUUUCAUUGUGACUGCCUUUCUGUGUUUUGAUUUCUAAAUAUGUGUAAUUUGCCGCCGAAGUUCCAUUCAGUGUGUCGCCUUUGUUUAUCAUUCUGUGGCGAUAAUUGCAGUGAUGUUAAACUUCCAAUAUUCGACCGUGAUAAGGAUAAAUCUCGACUUUCGGAUAUGAUAAUGACAUAUUUGUCCAUAAUGGUAUCUCCGGCGGACUUGCUCCCCCAGGUGGUGUGUGGGAGUUGUGCACACAAGCUUGAUGAGUUCCACACCUUCAGAGAGUUGUCACACAAAUCAGAAAGGCUACUAGAACAGUUUCUUCAGUAUGCCAAUUCACUAUCAGGCCCAAAAGAGGACAUCCUGAACAUAACCGCCUGCAAGUUGGAGGAGAUCAUCAAGCCGCUAAACGAUGACGACUACCUGCUCGACAAACACAAAUACGACACGGGCUCGCCGGACUCUACGGAAGAGAUGAAGAACUUGGAGAGCCGGCAGGCGGCAGUCACACUUUUACAAAUAAAAAACUACGACCCGAACAAAUACGCUGUUAAAGCCGCGGAGGAUCAUCAUAUAGUAUUCAACAGCGUGCCGAGCUUGCCGCCUUCAGAGCGAGCGAGAGAAGUAAUGCACUGUAAUGCCGUCAUCGACAUCAUAAGCAAGGCCGUAGCGGUAGCACAGCGAGAGAACGAGGAAUCUCACAAGUAUCCACCGAACUAUUCAACCGUUAUCGAGCGGUCGAACCCGAACGAAGUCAACUACACGCACGAAUACCCUGAAGAGCAGUACAGCAAUGCUUACAGCGCGCCGCCCGCGCCCAGUCCCGGCAGCCACGAGGACCAGGAACAUAAAGAAAUGGACUUGUCACUGUACGGAGGCGUUAAGAACGAGCCUGUCGAACAAACUGAGCCCGCAGAGCAUCAAAACUCGUACUUCCACAAAGCGCUUAGCCACAAGCAAUCAAACUUCUCCGACGAGUACAAGCAGCACGUAUUCGGGCGGUCGGGCAACAAGAAGUCUCGGGACUCGUCGGUGUACGAGGAGUGCAGUCAGAGCAGUAGCGGCUCCGACCCCGACCGGCUGCAGAUGGAUAUCUCUCAGAUGUCGCAGGACGACCCAGAGGAGACGCAGUCGGCGAGAUCGGCGCAGUCGUCGCCGCAGCCGCGACAAGAAGGAGACGGCGAUAAGGACACUCUCUGGCAAGCCCUUAACAGACAAAAUGGCCGCGGUGGAGAAGCGACUCAGCUACUGAAACGGCUCAUCAACAGCAAGCACCUCGGGAUGACAGUGUCGCCUCUGCGGGCGUCCACCUCGCCCAUGCCGCUGCCCGUGGCCAACGGCGCGCAUUCACCGAAUGGCGAAUGGCAGUCUCGAGCAGCGGGUCCAGCCGGCACGGCGCGCAGGAAGCAGAGCUUCCCGGCGCGCGCGCAGCCCGCCCCCGCGCCCGCGCACAACGACGCGCCGCACUGGCCGGCCGCGCCCGACAACCAAGAGGCAUCGGACACGUCGACGGGGUCCCGGUCGGCGGCGCGCGUGGAGCUGUCGUGCAGCAACUGCGGCACGCACACCACCACGAUAUGGCGGCGCGACGCGCGCGGCGAGAUGGUGUGCAACGCGUGCGGGCUCUACUACAAGCUGCACGGCGUGCCGCGCCCCACCGCCAUGCGCCGCGACACCAUACACACGCGCCGCCGCCGCCCCAGACACGACAAGCAGCGGAACAAAUCUCGACGCGGAGCCAACACGUGCUCGGAGCCCGCAGAGCCGCCGGUGGCAGCCGAGGGGGCGCCCGAGGAGGCGGUGCUGGCGGCGCUGCGGCGGCAGCUGCAGCCGCACCUGCUGGCCGCGCUGCACGCGCAGAACACGCGCCCGCAGGUCGGUCGCAGCGCUCCCGAGUACGACGAAGCGCCGCUGAACCUCGUGGCGUCGCACGCGGCGGCCGAGGAGACGCACUGACUGCCGUCUGUGAUACGCGGACCAGGGACCCGCCCGACAUUAACUAACUGCUGAAUCAGGUGUUUGCAAACAGUUAUAACAGAUGUUAGAAUUUUCUUGGUACACUUUAUGUUGUGCGACUACAUAGACGCUAGCGGCAUCUAUCGGUCACCGGAGGCGUUACUCUCUCAAUGAAGAUCUCGGACGUAGAACGGAACACGUCAUACAAUUAUCCUCUGAUGGUCCAUCAUAUGAGAAUCUGCAGUUCAAUUUGAAAUUAACAGUAUAGGGAAUAUGGUUGAUUUUCUUUUGUUUUCUAAUCAAAAGAAACGACAUAUCGAAGUUUGCCAAGAAUAUUCAUCACUCUCACUAGCUCGUUUCAUUAAUUCGCGUGAAAGUGUUAGCGCUUGUUUUGUAAAAGAGGCUGUACGUAUAGAAGGGUAAAGCGAUUAUAUUUAAUAAAGACAUUAUAAUAUCGUUUCUUUUACAAUGCAAACGUAACACGUCGCAUCAUAGUGAUAAAACAAAUUCAAACGCAUAAUUCAAUAAUGUUUUUACAUUGUUAUUUAUACUAUUUAGUUAUACAAGGCCAGUGUCAAUAGACAAUACAUAACCAAGGAUAUUAAGUUUACAUUUUGAACAGCGUCAGUAAUCGGGCAUUAUGUUAUGAAUAUUAUACCUCCAUACAGUAACGAUAUUUAUUUCGUUUGGGCAAAACAUUUUCAGCAUUCAAUAUUUGUGCCUAUUCAUUAUCAUAUUAACAUAAUAUUUGAUGCACACGGAAGCGAUUUUAAAUUCGAUUUACAAUAUUCAUUACAAAUGAUAACACAGUCACAAAAGUAUAAUUUCAGUAUUUCAGUUACAGCAUCGAGUUAAGUUUGUUAGGUAACGUUCGUGCGUUAAAUGCGGUUCGGUUCGUAUACUGUACGCGGAUGGUGUGUGGGGUUUAUUUUUAAUAUUAUAAAUAAGAUGUAUUCUGGUCCCGAGGCACCGAGCGCACUCAGGAUCAUGUCCUAUCACAAAACUAUCUCGAAUAUUUCCGUACACGGCGGGAAGAAGUUGAUAACUCGAGAUAUUCUACCGAAGAAAUUUGAACUUUAAAUAAAAUUACAUAUGGUUCAAAUUUCUUCAAUUUUUUCCCACCAGAUAUCAACUUCUUCCCGCCGUGUACGGAUUUCGCCGUGGGUAGUUUUAUGAUAAGGACACAAGGCUCGCUCUAUGAAGCAUACGUUACAAUUAUUAUGGCAAGUAACACAAGUGGACAGCGCCAAAUAAUAAUACAAUACAAUCGUUAAUUUUCAAUUGUAUCGUAUGCCCCUAGGAUGCGUCGCGGGCCGAAUGCCAACUGUAACGCAAAAGUGAAAUGACGUACGAUAGGAAGACAAUGAUAAAUAAGUAUAUUAAGCCUUGCCUUAAAAUGCUCUCUUAUUGAUGAAAUUAUAUAAACGGUUACCUUUUUCAGGACGCAAGUAUUCGUUUAGAAGUACGUAAUUUAAGAUAUUGUAAAUUUUAUUAUUUACAUAGUACAUAGGAGCGUUAAAGAUAAAUCAUUAAAUUAUAGCGUUUAAUUUAUUUCCCAUUUCGGUCAGUAUUUAAAAUGUAAGUAUUUUUUUCUGUCGAGUAUUGCCUUAGUUCUUUAAGGUUACAAUAUUAAGAAGCAAUAAUGACAAAUGAGUAUCUACUUAUCGUAACGUAUACGUUAUGCAAACCAUUUAUAUAUUUUGAUGAACAGUAAGGUGGUAGGUUAUAGAUACCGUUAAAUAGCUUCGUCGCAAUGUUGUACUAGAGCAGAUUCAAUGUUUUCAAUAAUGAACAGUUGCCUUCGUAUAAUAUACUAAUCUACAUUUUAAAUGACAUAGUUUUUCGGCAUUAUUAAAAUAGAUAAAUAAUUUAGAUACGAUUUUUAUGUUAGAUAAUUUUCUAAUGUGUGGAUGUAUUCAUGCAUUCGCGAAUGUGGAAACAUUCAACAACAGCGAACAACCAAAACGUCGAGGCAUUAUGUGUUUAAAUUUACCGUGAACACCUCAUCGUGGUCAGUGUCUAUCAUAUUUAUAGCAAAUGGCAUUUACGUUGUACUCAUCGCGUAUGUUUUGUUGUUGCCAGGCGCGCGCCGCCUGUUCGCCGUCCCUUUACUUGAUAUUCUCUACUUAAUUUAGUUGUAUUGAAUUCGUGUUUAGUGUCAACCCCCACGGGCCAGUAAUAGACAGUCUAUGAGACGUUGUGAUACCUUAGCUAGUGGCCGUGAGGUGUAGCUCGCGGCCGAGUGAUCCUCUUGCAGCUAUUUUUGUCCUCUAUGUCACGUUUGACGCGCUAAGCUUACCGUAUUUUAUAGCUUUAAAAUUGAGAUUAUUUAUUGUUUACUAUUGGGAUCACCUUAUGUACUCGUAUAGGUCGUCAGUGUGGUAGUGUUUACUGCUUAGUAUUGCUUACUCUUACUCGACGAGGCGAUGGUAGUCUUCUUGACAAUAAAGUUUCGUAAAUUAGGGUUUAAAUUAAACUAUUCUCAAAUUAUGCUCUCUAUCGAACUUUUCUAGCUCUCUGUCGGAUGAUAUUAAAAAUCGAUCUGUGAAUGAUAUUGAGGGAAACGCACGUCGACGUGCUUAUUUUUCUAUAGGAAAUCUAUUUUGUGGAAAAUAAUCUCAACCGAAGAGUCAUUCUCGGCACCCGCUGCGAAAGCUGCUGGCAUUAGUGAUACAGUAUUAUUUUAUUGAAUUUUAUCAUUGUAAAUGUCUUAGGGUUAUUAUUAUUUAGUAUUUUUGUAGUUUUAAUAAUUGACGUCUGUUAUUAUGCUAUUGGUAUCAGGUGAAUUCUCUCUUGUCAAGUACACACUAACAAUGUUCCUUAUGAAACUGUAUUUUAAUCAAUUAUUUAUUGAACUUGUUAAAUCAACUUUCCUCAUGUUUUCCUUACUGGGACCGUAGCAUUAACGAGUAGUGACGCCUUUAGAUCUUCCAAUUCGGUUAUUAAUUUAUAAUUUAGGUUAAUUUAUGAAUAUCUUAAGAAUUUGAUGAACAAUGUAUAUCGAUAUUUAGUUACUAACAAACCGGUUGUGUUGUGUGUGCUUAUGCUCUAACAAGCAUGUGUUUGUGAUUUUAUUUGUGCCGUUCUGUUCCGUGGAUUCGGCAGCAGACAGCGACCUUACUGACGUGUAUUAUUGUAAUUUAUGCUGAAAUAUUGGCUACGAAUCUCUUUGAAAUUCCAAUUAUAUUGAACACCGUUUCUCAAUACUAAAGACUGACAGACGCGCUAUGCUUUCAGAACCUUUCUGCACCGCUAGCACAGUAGCGUAUUUCCUGUCCGUCAAGCGUGCGUCUCUGUCGAACUAGCUUCAAAUUUGUUUGUGAGUAAGAGACGGCUAAUUCAAGCUAGACAUAAACGCUACUGUGAUAGUUGACGUGCAUUGUAUGUAUUAAUCUGUGCAACAGCGCACUUUCAAGAUGACAAAAGUAUUGUAAUUAAAAUGUGAUAUUUGUUUGAGAAUGUAAGUGCGUGUUUCCGAAAAGCAAUAACAUUGUGAUAAGUGAAUGAGCAUUGUUUGCGAAACUCAGGCUUAUUCUGAAUGUAAUGUUACUGUCAAUUAAUGUAUUAGGAGCGGACAAGCCCACGGGCGUCGCAUAACAUGUGAUUAUACAACUGAAUAAGCAAUAACGAUAUGAUUUCUUUAUACAUUACAUUAUACAUAAAGCUAUAUUGAGCUGGUUCGUUCGAUCCACUAAUUUCCAAUUGUCGAUUAAAUGCAUAUUAACUCAACAUUUUAUAGACGGGUCUAUCACGAAUUUAUUUUAUAUCCUCUAUUUACCGACGUUUCGACAGAUUUGAAAGUGUGAUGUCUACCCCAAACUUUUUCAUACACUUUUCGGUAGUUGCACAAAUCUCUGUUUUGACAAAUUGCUGGGACAUAAAUUCGUGAUAGACCUAUCUAUAAAUGCGAGUUAAUAUGUUUUCAAAACGCAAAAGUUUUAAAGAAUAAAUAUGUGUUUAAUACUCAGGGAUGUAGCAGUUUAAAAUGAAAACGUAAUUAAUUCAAAUGUAAUCUAAAAUUAAAAAGCAAUAAUUCCGAAUAGAAAGCUUAGGAAGGACCAUUCGUAAACGAUAAGUUUGUCUUCGGAACAUGAUCUAUGUAUCUACAUAUAUUUGUAUAUUGUGUAAGUUUCAGCAUAAAUUAUCCACUGAGAUUGUGAGCACGCGUGCGGAAUACUCAUUGUGAAACAUUAAUUAUUGUUGUAUAGAUGAUAAAUAAUGUGACUUACGCAGGGAUGGAUACUUAAAUUAUUAAAAUUUUAACUGAUAUAUUGGCUAUGUAGUGAGUAGAAUAUUUUUUUACAAAUAAAUGAUAGCAGCUA